AUGGAAACACAACGGGAAUCCAGAACGGCCCCGUUUUACUCGGUUCCCACUCGACGCCUCGUCAGUGUCGAGCAUCCUGCCGUUGUCCGCAACUUCGACAAGGCAGUGAACACACUGCAGGGAAACAGAGGAAUCAAGGCUAUCUUGAACCCGGUCAAGGCUGAUACGCCAGCCAACCUGAUUCUGCGGCCGGAAGAUGCCCUGGCAAGACCAGUUCAGUCGACGAGUAGCCCGUCCAACAAUGUCUUGCUGAAAGUCACUGUCCCGAAACGAACAGGGCGAAAGCGCAAGCGGGGCUCGGAUGAGCAGUUCACUGAGGCGCCAGACGCUGUAUCAACGGAGCCGCCCCAGCGACGCAAUGCUAAAGAUCUAUUGCGCAGUCUUCGUGACAAUCCGUCUACGUAUCAGAUACAGCCGGUGGGAAGGAUCGAGCGCACACAUGUGUUCCGAGGCAUGCCGGAUUUUGUCUAUUCGACGACGGCAAGUUCCUUUACGAAUCGAUUCCGGGAAAAUAUCUUGCCAUACGACUUGGAGAAGCUGAAGCAGUUCGACAUCGACAUGGGCAAAGGAGCCACCUCUAGCGUGGACAUCAUUCCACCACCAUCAUUUAGUCAUGGGGAUGUUCCAUUCCAUUACAUGUACCGACAAAACCCCACAGUGAAACAAGCUAUCAAUCAAUCCGGCGAGGUCCAGACCAUCAACACACAACAACCGAUCAAGGUUCUUACGCAUCUCGUCUCAUACGACAUCCCAGUGGUACCCUCGCAGCCCCAAGAGAGUCUGCCACACAUCGACACGCUCGACAGUAGCCUCCGCGCCACUAUCGACGCCGUCAAAGCGCGAUUCGAGGAGCGACCAGCAUGGACACGGCGCGCUCUACGCAACACCAUCACCAGCGACGAGCAGCGCACCCUGCUGCGGCACGCAAUCCCCUAUGUUGGAUACAUCUUCAAGUCCGGGCCCUGGCGCGACGCCAUCCUCAAGCUUGGCGUCGACCCACGGUCCUCCCCCGACUACCGCCACUACCAGACCUUCAUGUUCCGCCUAUCAACGCGCGAACCAGACGUCGCCCGCGACGGCGGCGGGCGUCGUCACACCCUCCCUCGCACCGAUGCCAGAACCAACGCAGAUAGCAGCAGUACGGCCGCAGAGCCCGGCCGUGCCGCCGAAGACCACCUCUUCACAGGCCGGCUGCCGCUGUCAACGGAGGGCCGGAUCUGGAUGGCGCGCGAGAUCACAGACCCACAGCUAGCCGCGGUGCUCUACCCACCGGGAGGCGACUCCCCACCAUUCCUGCGCGCGACAUGCGAAAUCACGAGCGAUGGCUGGUUCGGGAACGGCACCCUCGCCAAGAUCAAGACUAUCAUGCGCGCCAAGAUCCAUUUGCUUCUGGAGGGUCGCCAGCCCCGCGAGGAGGACUACCGGCGUAUUAUUCAGAUGCCGGACUAUGCGCGCGACGAGUCGGAGUUUAAUCGCUUUGUUAUCGAUCCGGAUGUGGCGACGAGCAAGGAGACUCAGUUGGCUACGGAUGUUCGUGCUGUGAUUCGGAGUGCGCCGUUGUGGAGGCGGAUGACUGCAUCUGCUGCGGCGGAGGAUAAGGGGAAGAGGAAGGGUGCGGAUACGUUCCCUGGCCGUGCGCUCAAGUCUCGGAAAGGGAAGACUAAAGCGGAGGAGGAAGAAGAAGAAGAAGAAGAAGAAGAAGAAGAAGAAGAAGCUGAAGAUGAAGGCCCUGUCUCGAACGAGCAGAGUGAGGGCGAGGAGGAAGAGAGAGAGCGCGCGGAGAUGUUGGAGGCGGUUGUGGCUGCGGCCGAGGCGAGAGAUGCCGAUGCAGAGGCGGCGAGCGAGACGGACGACACUGGGGAUGAGGAGCAGGAGUAA